GGGUUAAUUUUAUAACCUGUAUACAUAACACACCGUGGCGCUCAGUGGUCACAUAGUUGUCCACCUGCAGCCGGUCCAUAUAUGUCAACUGCAGUGUUAAUAGCCGCUGUUGUUGGCGGCGGGGUUCUGCUCCUCAUGCGCCGUCUCUUCCCCCGGAGGAAAGUGGUAAAGCUGCUUCAGUAUCCAACUGACACUAUGCGUGGAAAGACUGUGAUUGUGACCGGGGCUAACUGUGGGAUAGGGAUGGCCUUGGCUGGGGAGCUGCUGAAGCUCCGCGCCCGGGUCAUCAUGGCCUGCCGGGACCUCAGGAGCGCCGAGGAGGCGGCUCAGGACCUGAAGAGACGCGCGGGGCCAGAGCAAGGGGAGGUGGUCAUUAAGCAUCUAGAUCUUGCUUCCCUUCGAUCUGUCCGGACUUUUUGUGAAGAAAUUAACAAGGAGGAACCGAAGAUUGAUGUGCUGGUUAACAAUGCCGGGGUCUUUCAGUGUCCUUACUCAAAGACAGAAGAUGGUCUUGAGAUGCAGCUAGGAGUGAAUCAUUUGGGCCAUUUCCUCCUCACCCACCUGCUGCUUGAUCUCCUGAAGGCUUCAUCUCCUAGCCGCAUCGUUGUUGUUUCCUCCAAACUCUACAAGUAUGGCAAAAUCAACUUUGAUGACUUGAACAGCGAAAGCAACUACAACAAAGCCGCCUGCUACAGUCAGAGCAAGUUGGCCAACCUGCUGUUCACACUGGAGUUGGCUCAUCAGCUGGAGGGCACGGAGGUGACGGUCAAUGCCCUCACCCCGGGCAUGGUGAGAACCAGAUUGGGCCGGCACGUCCAAAUCCCUCUGCUGGCUAAGCCGCUGUUCCACCUCGGCUCAUGGUUCUUCUUAAAGAGCCCGCUGGAGGGAGCCCAGACGCCUCUCUAUCUAGCCUGCAGCCCAGAAGUGAAAGGCGUGUCUGGGAAGUGCUUCGCAAACUGUGAGGAGGAGGAGCUGAUGGCCAAAGCUACAGACCGAGAGGCAGCCAAGAAACUGUGGGACAUAAGCAGGAGGAUGGUUGGACUCACAGAGUGACCAUGAGGCCAGUUCUAUGGACGGGAUUGAUGAGGAAUUAAGUGUUCUUGGAUUCUUUGUUAAUCUAUUUCUGUUUGCAACCAUCAUUGUGCAAAAGAUGGGUUGAAAAAAAAAUCCACUUUCCUCCCUGGGGAUGAAAAAUUGAAUGAUAUGACACGUUGUUCCUCUGAAAUGUGAUAAUUAGGAGUCUGUGGGCUACAUUGCAGAACUGAUUAGAGCUUAUAAGGAUUUCAAUAACAGCAUGUGCCUGUUUUCAAGGGGGGUUUAAAUAGAGAAGCAUUGCCAUUACAUUUUCACCCAGGUGGUUAAAGCUCCAUCAUUUCAAUUAUUUGUUCUCAUGUUUACCAUUUAACAAACACUUGGUAACAUAGUUCAUUUAAACAAUACUAAUGUGAUAAGUGUACACAUUAUAAAUUCUGGUUUUACACAUGCUGUGGAAAAUCCAAAUUUGGUGCCUUGCCAAACCCUUGGAUCCUUUUUUUCACCAUAAACUAAAAUACUGAUGGAAAGUAUGCAACUGAAAAAGUAAUGCAUAACCUGAGUUUAAAGAUACUAUACAUGUAUUUAAAAAAAUAUAUAUAUUCUGAAUAAAAUCAAAGUAUGA